UUUGCUCUUUUUCUUCUUCUUUCCCGUCCCCUACAGCUCCCGGAAGCCCCCCAAGGUGCCGGCAACAAUUUUCUUGAGAAAACCGGCAGAAAGCUUGAUUUUAUCCUUCUUUUUUUGUUCAAGAACCAGAUUUAAAGCUUGGAAAUCUUCCCCCCUCUGCAGAAUUUUCGGAUCUGCCCUGAUCUACUCAGUGUCUCUUCCUCCCCUGUCCGUCGGUUUCUGCUGGGUGUGAAUCCUUCGGCUUUUUCUGAUCCGUGAGUUUCCUCUGCAGAUUCCGUCGGCCUUCCCCUAAACUUGCCAGCUCCAGUUUGCUUGCUGGAAUUCUGGUUCUUGAGUGUUUUGUCACCUGAGUACUUGGCUUGAGUUCUGGAUUUGAGGUAAGUAAAUUUAUGAUAAUGUUCGUACAGUUUUUAAAAGUAUGUUUUGACUUAUUUUUGAAGUGGUGGCGAGACUAAACUCGUUUUAUACAAAAGUAAGUAUAACUGAUUUGAAGUGAAAUUUUUAUGCUUUUCACUAAAUUGAACAUGCCUACUUGAAAUUUAAUUGAUUGUCCUGAUGAUUUGAAAGUGAUUGGUGAAUUAUGGUUUUUCUGUUAACUUCUGCCUGUUUUGUCUCCGAUGUGGUCAUGUUAUUAGUGUGCCCGCUAGUGGGAGGUUUAUAAACGCUAGCACAUGUCGACAUGUUAUUGAUAGAAUCGGUUCGUUUGAGUGACCCUGCUAGUGGGGGUUAUAAAUCAGCAAAUAGUGUGCCUGCCAGUGGAAGGUUUAUAACACUGGCCAUGACCUAUAAAGGAGACGUCUAUUUCAUUCUCGUAUUGUAUCCGUUUUUCGUGAUUACACUUGUUGGCAUGCUAUAAGUUUAAUAAGGGGCACUCCAUAUUUUACUUACUGAGUUUAUCUCAUAGUUUUUCUUUGUCUACCAUUUCAGGAAGUGAAAUCGAGAACGAGGAAACCACGGAAAGUGAUGAGUUAGAAGGCUAGCCAUUUCGAGAUUGAUAUAGAUUUUAGAAAUAAAUCAUGCUUUUGUAAGAUAGAUUUUACCUUGAAUUUAUGAGAUCAAAAUAGAUUUCGGUCAUUAGAUCAAUUACUUGGAUUUAAGUCAUUUUGGAUAUAGAAAUAAAUUGAGAUGUUUGAU